AUGGCCGAUAGAAAAGACUCAACGCCUUCGACGUCGACCCGAAGCACCCUGGGCGUCAAGCCAACGGCAAAAGCAAAUGAGCCUGGCAAGAACGGAAGCGUUGCCAAAGCCAAGAAGGGAGCAGAGGGAGGAUCGGUUCCUGCAGCCAAUCCAACAACGGAAGCAACAGAAGCAAAGAAACCCGCAGGCAAGAAAAAAAUCCCUCCAAAAUCACCCAAUGCCAAGAAGAAGUCAUCAGCCACUCUAGCAAGCGAGGCACCGAGUAAGGCCAAAGCUCAAAAUGUCCCUCCUCAGAAGACAGCACCAGCUUCAUCCGUCAGUGAUGCUCAAAGUUCACCGAAACGAACCGUUGCCAAAGUAAAGCCAGGGGCUCCAAAAAAGCAACCGUCUGUCGCCCCAGGAAACACUGACGCCCCCACUGCAGAUGGCGCAAUUUCCCCCUCAAAAUCUCCAAAAACUCGGGGUCUCAAGGGAAGAAAAAUGGCCCCGAAUAGCAACGUCAAUCAAUCAGCUGGAAAUGCGGAAAACACAAAGACACAGGCGACAAAAGAUGCAAAUAAUGGAGCCGGAUCCAAAACUGCAACAAAGGGACAAGUUACUCAGGAACCAACAACCCCUGGCGCAGCCAAACCAGGUACUCAAUCGGCAUCAGGACCGCCAACCCAACUGAACGGACAACCGCGGAAGAGAGCUGCUGCCGUGGCUAGAAGCACAGUUCGACCUGUCGAACCUACCCUAGUUGCGGCUGCUGCUGUGAAACCAGGUGCUCAGGCAGCGUCAGGACCUCCACCAGCAGGAAAGGGACAACGGACAACAGCUCUGGCCGUGCGCCCUGGGGCUCAUGCAGCGUCAGGGCCACUUCCUGGCAAUGCCAAGGGUUUGAGGGCUCGAUCUUCACCUCGCAUGCUGGUUGAUCCCACCCCAGCCGCAGAAAGCACUACUACCCAACCGGUUGAACCAACCGCCGCCGUGAAACCAGGUGCUCAGGCAGCGUCAGGGCCCCCACCAGCAGGAAAGGGACGACGGACAACUGCUCCGGCUGUACGCCCAGGGGCUCAGGCUGCAUCAGGGCCACUUCCUGGCAAUGCCAAGGGGUUGAGGGCACGAUCGUCUCCUCGCAUGCUGGUAGCACCCACCCCUCCCGAUGGGGCCAGCCAUGAUGAUGACCCUGUUAGGAGAAAAAUCCAACGGUCCAAAUCCCGAGACGGCAUCACGGUGGAACCUUCCGCUAGGAACAUGGAACCCCGUGUCGUCGAGCGACAACGAUCCAGAUUGACCCCGGAACGCACCAGGUCACUCGACGAGGCCGCUGCCGCUUCGCUUCCAGGAGCCAGUUCUGUAUCUGCGGCCGACGACGAAAAAGUACUGCGCAAAAAGAAACGACGCCCGCAAACCGCGCCAAGCACGGUGCAAAAGACUCCUCCACCCGUCGGUGCCUUGGAAGAAACGACAGAAGACGUCGAGAAAAGCAUGGCCAUGGUGGCAAAAAGCACAACCGAUAAAGACAGGGCUGCUGGAAAGGUCGACGGCGAUCCAGCAGAAGACGAUGGGCACGGAGUGCACGGUGACCAUGCGAAUCUGAUCGAAGCCGUUUUGGUCGAUGAACAAAACACAGCAAACCAUACUGGCCCGAUCAUUGUACAAGCCGCUGUGGAAGUCGACAAAGAGGCCGACUCCAACAACAAUCGACGUCUCCUUGCAUUUGUCGUCGUCGUGUGUUGUUGUGCGGUGGUGUUGAUCGUCGUGGCCAUUGUCGUGGCAGUUGUGAUACUGCAGACCAACAAUAACAACGACAACGCUGUAGCGUCGACCGCUGCGCCAGUUUUGACAUUGCCUCCACAAGCUCAGCGGCCAAACAACAGCAACAACAACAACGAACAACCUCAGAGCCAAGGCAAUUCCAAUGGGAACAACAACCGACCUGAUGGAAAUCAAGACGGUCAGUCAAAGGCUACUUGCGAUCGAGCAGAGGAAAUACCAACGAAUUCAGGAGAGCGUUCGGCAGAGUUCGAAUCUGAGUUCGAGGAUCUCGUAGAUAGUUUCAUAGAAGGUUCGAUAUUCGAGCAGGAAGAAUCAAGCCCCUACGUCAGAGCGUUGGAGUGGAUACUAUAUUCUGAUCCAUUGCAAUUGGAUCCCACCAUGGAGGAUGUCUCACGCGUGCAGCAGCGGUACUUAAUGGCCCUGUUCUACUUUUCGUUGUCUCAAGAUGGGGAGUGGUUGUCGUGCAACCCACCCGACGUGGAGCAAGCGGAUGUAAACAGCUUUUGCGUUCACCAAGAAUACAAAGCAGCUGAAAUGGGGGCGGCUGCCCGUUAUGAACCAAAAGACGCCCAUCGGUGGCUUAGCGGGGUUCACGAGUGCUGCUGGGCUGGAGUACAAUGCGAUGAUGAUGGAGAUGAGGUAGAAAUGAUUGAGUUAGGCGGCUACAAUCUCAACGGUGAACUUUUGCCAGAAGUAGGCUUUUUGAGUGGACUCAAACGGCUCUACUUGACCGACAACAGUCUGGUUGGAUCCAUACCUUCUCAUCUAGGGUUACUAAAUGAUCUGGAAUAUCUUUCAAUCGCAAUGAAUGGUUUGGAAGGAUGGAUACCAUCAGAGCUCUGCGACUUGCGUAACCUCAAGAUUCUUGUGCUCAACCACAACGCGUUGGAAGGAACUAUUCUUGAAUGCUUCGAAUGGAUGACACAGCUCGAAAGAAUUGCCCUUUCGCACAAUCAGCUCACUGGUAUCGUCACGCCCAAGCUUGGUAGAUUGCGCGACCUGAAAGAGCUGCGAAUUGAAGGAAACAGAAUAACAGGGCCUAUGGUGGACCAG